CAGUAGCGGGUGCGUUUGGCGGAAUCAAACCUCACGGUUGACUGUCCAGGUCAGUCUCGUGACCAAGAUCGCUUUUCUUUUUCUUUUUAAGUCUGACACGGCUCGUGCAAUUGCAACCGAAACCAUGACGGAGAGAGUGAGACCGUUGCUGCUGACACUAACAUUUCAGGUUUCAGCAGCUAUCGUCUGGAGCAGUAAUUACUACAGCACUCCUAAUCAACAGCCCGGAUAUAAUAGGUUCACCAGUUGUGGAUCGAGUAUGGUACUGGAUCCCUUACUACAACCCGCCGUGUACCUCGCACCCCCGUCGUAUCCGAACCCUUAUGAAGCCUUCACCUUCUGCUCAUGGAUGAUCUAUAGUACAACCGGGAACAGCCUGACCCUCAGCUGCCAAGUGUUUGACCUGCAGCCGAGCGGGCAAUGCGGCACAGGAGCGUAUUUUUCCGUUGACGAUGGCCUUCAAAAUACGCGGAGGUUCUGCGGAGGUAACGUUGCCCCUCAGCAGGUAGCCUCGUCGAGUUCCUUCCUCAGCGUGCUAUUCUGGAGCGGCUCGGGCGGGGUAGGAACCUACACGGGCUUCUACUGCACCGUCUCGCUUCUCUCGUCGACUUCUCCCACCUUGCCGCCGGGGAUAAUUACUACUCCGUCUACUACUACAUGUCGUUGCGGACGCCGGGGCUCGGGGGCUCGUGUGGUGGGGGGCGAGGACGCCAACUUGCACGAGUUUCCUUGGCAGGCACUUGUCCUCUUGCCCAACGACAGCAGCUUCUGCGGCGGCGUUCUCAUCAACGAGCGCUUCAUCCUCACUGUCGCUCACUGCCUCCUCCCGCCGGAGCUCCCAACCGGGUCGUUGCCGGAGGUGGUGUUGGGUGAGCACGACCGCAGCACGACCUCCGAGACAGGCGUAACUCGGACGGUGAGGGUGAAGCGCCUGUGGCCGCACGAGGGCUACGACGCAGGGACGUCCCGUGACAACGACAUCGGUCUUAUCGAACUCGAGGAGGACGUGGUCUUCGACAGGGUGGAAAUAGCGCCGGCGUGUCCACCCGAGGCCAGUAACAGCUAUGAAAAUGUGGACGCUGUGAUUACUGGCUGGGGCUUAGACGAAAACGGCCAACUCCCCAACAUACUCCAGAAGGCAGAGAUAAGGACAAUCCCCACAGCCACAUGCAGGGCCCAGUACUCCAGUAGCGCCAUCACCUCCAACAUGAUCUGCGCGGGGGCGUCUGGUCGAGAUUCCUGCUUGAGUGACAGCGGCGGCCCACUGAUAACGUACAACGGAUUUUCAUGGGUCUUAAUUGGCCUCGCUUCCUUCGGUCCUGUGCCCUGUGGCGAUCCCGACCGCUUUGGAGUCUACACGAGAGUAGGGAAUUACAUUCCCUGGAUAAUCAACAAAAUAGGCAACGCUCGCACGUGUCUGCCUUGAACCACCAUUAUCUGCUGAUAUUGUUCGUCGAAUAAACAGGGUCGUCGAGAGGCAGUUAAUUAAUGAAAUGUUUCUAUCAUUAUUUCUGUUAAAAAGAGACCUAACCGUAUCUUUGAUCGUAUGAAGGCGAUAAAGAGAAUGAAAAAUCAGAAAAAAAAACUAUUUCACCUUAACUGCCUCUUGGCAUCAGACCUGUGACAUCACUUGUUAUCUCUGUCGUACUGUUUCAUCUGUAAUGUUUUAGAUAUCUUCUUCACAAAUGUUGUAAUAUCCUGUAUGUACAAGAUUGAAUAAAGUAUCCCCGAUAAAGUUGUCCAUUUUCUAUGUUGAAAUUCUAAGAAAACGAUCAUGAUUUUAGCGUAUACUAUACAGAACAGUAACUUACUGGUACAAACACACGGAAAAUUUUGGUUAAUCUCUCCUUACGGUAUGGACGCACUAAGCUAGGGCAAAUUGAAGAUGAUAUUCUUGUAGAGAACAAAAAGUUACAGUCGUCGGUACAGGAACUAAUUUGCAGACACGAAUGGUAACGCCACAAAUUAAGGAAAAAGGUCACGGACAGCGCCGCUCACAGCCUAAGUCCACUCGGCGCUCCAGCGGUUAAGUCCACUCGGUCGGUGCGAAAGAAUAAGUUGCCGCGCAACUCGCACACCGUCUUCUGUCGUACUGCGCACCUACGUCAUCACAGUGUCACGACCAAUCAGGUGGCGGCAGUUUAUCAGAGAUUUUAAUUGCUCAUUUAAGUUUUAGUAUAAUAUUCCAAAUAUGAUGAAAAUAUACACGGCCAUCUAUUUACUGUUCAUAUAUAUUCGCUUUUAGCCGUUUUUACGUUAAAAUAUUGUUUCCAUGUUUAUUUUCUCAAACCUAACAAGAUUUUUGAUUGCUUAACUACUCAAACCAGCAGUCAAUGCUUAAGCUAUUUCGAGUAUGCAGUUAACACCUGCACAUUUCUGGAAUACAUCGGUGACCUGCCUCAUUCUUGUCAGUGACAAUGACCUAUGUGUGUCAUCUGUGCUAUGGUGGUGUAUUAGACUUCCACUCUAAAUUUCAAGGAAAAACAGAAAACCUUAUCAUUUUUUUUACAGAAUCAUGGACUUUUAUUAACUGAAAAAAAUGUGAAAAGUGUAGUGCGAUUUGUAGACUAGAUAUUAAGAACAUCCAAGGAUUCCAAUCAAAGACUGCAUCGGUUCCUCCUUGCCGCUGCUAAUUUGUACCCUCCGCAGUAAGGUACGUUGUCAUAUCAUAUUCGUUUUUUGUUUUCUUUUGUUUUACACUGCAGAAGAGAUAAAAGAGGGGGGUCCUUGGCUAAGUAAAUAAAUAUACUGGUAAGACAAGUGAAAAAACAGACCUGUUUCAAGCUCUAUCUUGCCGUGCAUAUCGAGGUGAAGAGAAUGUUUGCCGGGGGGUGUUGGGGGGCAGAGCCCCCCAUCAAUCCUCCCCUCGGGCAGUGCCCGAAGGGCACGCCCAGUCACGGCAACUUGGAUUGUGGAGUAAAUUUUGUGUCGUUAACCGUGUGCGCAUCUUGCUCUUUCCUAAUUUUUAUGGCGGGCAUAAUCGAACACUCGUAUUCUUUUU